AGACAGUACUCUGCAAAAACCCCUUUUGUUUAAAGUGGCUUUCCUGAAUCUUGUGCUAUUACAGCCUCCAGAAGAAUGGAGCUGUCUAUGAUCUUCUUUGAAUACAAUCAAUAGCAACCUUAGAAACAGCUUGAUCUUAACCAAUCUGCUUGUGUAACUGAGCUUGUGGAAUCACCUUCUUUGCACAUUCCCCAAGUGUUGACUGGCAAGCAGUUCAUGCUUUUUAGGUCUAACCAGAAGCCGAAAUUUUUAGACAGCUGGUUCCACUCACUAUUCCAGAUGAAUUAUGCAACUCAAAGAAAAUUAUUUUCACUUCACCAGAAUCAGCAUUAAGUUGGCUAAUAAAAAAAAGGCAUAUGUAAGACAGACAUUUUAUUUCUACUUGACUAAAGUAUAUUUGGCUCAGCUGUGACUAAUAUAUGUGUGUUCCGAUGCAAAAGACGUAUACCUCCAUCUUCUAGAUUUAUUUUUUUUAAAUUUCUUCUGCAGAUUGAUGUAUCUUCGAGUUACAGGAAUGGACAAUGGUUUAAGCAUCAAGGAGAGAAUCUCUUACUUAAGUUCCAUGAUGGACAUGGGAAGUGAUCUUGAAGUUCGUGCAAGUGGAGGACUUCUCGCGAUUUUGGAGAAUGAAAGAAUUGUCGAUACCCUUGAGCAAAAGGAAUGUGGGAAUUCAUCAAUCACCAUCGACUCUGUCAUUCAGAUUUCACUAUGCAGCUGCCCAUGAAGCAUUGCAGAUAUUUCAAAUAGACAAACAUCCAAGCCACAUGGGCAUUGGUAGAGCAAAGGAAGGGUUCUCAGUUUUUGGCAUGAUGAACAAGUGUGUGACGCCAAUGGGUAGACGGCUCUUGAGAAGUUGGUUCCUGAGGCCCAUACUCAACCUUGAGCAUUUGAACAAUCGUCUGAAUUCUAUUUCAUUUUUCCUUUUGUCUGAGGAACUGAUGGAUUCUUUGCGUGAGACUCUGAAGUCGGUAAAGGACGUUCCACACAUUCUCAAGAAAUUCAUCUCCCCAACCUCCAAAUGUACCAGCACUGAUUGGUCAGCAUUCCUGAAGAGUGUUUCUUCUCUCUUGCAUUUGAAUAAGAUACUUGAGGUAGGUAUUUCUGAGGGCCUACGUGAGCAAGUGACGUACUUAAACUCCGACAUUCUUGAAAAGGCUAGUUCUUGCAUCACAACGGAGCUGGCUUAUGUUUAUGAAUUGGUAAUUGGUGUUAUUGAUAUCAGCAGAAUUAAAGAGAAGGGUUAUGAGACAAUGGUGAAGGAGAGUUUCUGUGAUGAGUUGGACGAGCUGAGGCAAAUUUACGAGGAACUGCCUGAAUUUUUGGAGGAGGUGGCAUCUCUGGAGCUUGCGCAUAUUCCUGACGAGUUUAAGGACAAAAAUGUUCCAUGUAUUGUCUAUAUUCAACAAGUAGGAUACUUGAUGUGCAUUUUUGAAGAGAAACUUGAUGAAAUGACAUUAGAAAGGCUUGAAGAUUUUGAAUAUGUUUUCUCUGACACGGAUGGAGAGAUGACGAGGUUCUUCUAUCGUACCGCAAAGACAAGAGAACUGGAUGACCUUCUUGGGGAUAUUCAUCAUAAGAUCUUAGACAUGGAGAGGGCAAUCAUCAGAGACUUGAUUUUGCACGUACUGACAUUCUCAGCGCACCUGCUCAAAUCUGUGAAUUUUGCUGCUGAACUAGAUUGCUUCUUGUCAUUGGCACUGGUGGCUCGUCAGAACAAUUAUGUCAGGCCUACACUCACAGACGAAACUUUGCUUGACAUACAAAAUGGAAGACAUGUUUUGCAGGAAAUGAUAGUCAACACUUUUAUUCCGAAUGAUACUAAAAUUUUUAAUGAUGGGCGCAUUAAUAUCAUCACCGGUCCUAACUAUUCAGGGAAAAGCAUCUAUGUCAAGCAGGUUGCUCUUAUUGUCUUUCUGUCUCACAUCGGAAGUUUUGUGCCUGCUGAAUCAGCAAUUGUGGGUUUGACAGAUAGAAUAUUUUGUGCGACGGGAAGCAAGCUAAUGACUGCGGAGCAAUCGACAUUCAUGAUUGAUCUCCAUCAAGUAGGAAUGAUGCUAAGGCAGGCAACUUCCAAAUCAUUAUGUCUGUUAGAUGAAUUUGGAAAAGGCACUCUAAAUGAAGAUGGAGUUGGUUUGCUUGGUGGAGCAAUCAAUCACUUUGUCACGUGGGACGAGCCACCAAAAGUUCUGGUCUGCACUCAUUUGACUGAGCUGCUUUCUGAGAACUUUUUACCAAAGUGUGAGCAGAUCAAGUUUUACACCAUGAGUGUUUUAAGGUCUGAGGACAGCAGUACAGACGUUGAAGACCUUGUUUUCCUGUAUCGCCUUGUUCCUGGACAUACUCUUCUUAGCUAUGGGCUUCACUGUGCUCUCCUGGCUGGUCUUCCAAAAGAAGUAAUUAGAAGAUCUGCCCUGAUGCAAGAGAUUAUUGGGAAUAACCGGCCUGUUGAUCGACUUUGCGGUGAGAACAUAUCAGCACUAGAUCAGCAGUACAAGAUGGCGGUAGACAAGAUGCUGGCAUUUGAUUCCCUUAACGGUGAUCUCAAAGCAUUUUUCGAAGACAUAUUUCCUUCAUAAUCCCCAUUUUACUUUUAUCAUUAAUUAGAGUUAUUUCUAGUUUGUUGUAUGAAUGGAAAAGGGAAAAAUGUCUCCUCUUGACGCCCACUAGAUCUCAUCUCCUACC